CAGAUAGCGGGAAAGUUUUGAAAGCUUUCAUUCGAGUAUUCGGCAUUCUUAGGACGCAAAUAAUUUGUAUAUUUACAUUUAAGAAACUAAAAGUGUUCCAAAUUGCAGUGUUUCUAUAAGAUAUUUAUCCAUUUUUUUCAGCGAUAGCGUGCAUCAUCGCUUAUUUUUGAACAGGUGGAGUAACGUAACUGUUUUCUUCUUAGAAAGCGUAGCCCCAUGAUUCUUGAGUACGCCCUCAGAUACAAACUUGAGCGCAGACGGUAGGUAGGUAUGGACAUAGAAGCACAUUUGGGCAGCCUGUAUCAAUUAUCAAGGAAAUACUGCUUGAAUUGAUCAGACAGCAAACUUGAGCUACUGUGACCUACGUACCUCAUUGCAUCAAACUACAUUUAUCAGCGGUUAGUGCUUGCUUUUGCUUCAUAGCAGUUCACAUAUUAUUCAGGAAGUCAAGGAUUGACUGGCUGCUUCACCAUGGCUCCUCAGGCUGAACCACAAAAAGCUGAGAAUUUGAUGAACAUGAAGGCGCUGAUUCUGGUGGGCGGGUUCGGCACGCGUCUCCGCCCGCUGACGCUGUCGCGGCCCAAGCCGCUGGUCGAGUUCGCCAACAAGCCGCUCGUCCUGCACAUGAUCGAGGCGCUGGUGGACGCGGGCGUGUCGCACGUGGUGCUGGCCGUCUCGUACCGGGCAGAGCAGAUGGAGCAGGAGCUCCGGCAGGAGGCCGAAAAGCUGGGUGUCCAGAUCACGUUCUCGCUGGAGACAGAGCCGCUGGGCACGGCCGGCCCGCUGGCCCUGGCCAGGGACAUCCUGGCUUCCAACGACGAGCCGUUCUUCGUGCUCAACUCGGACAUCAUCUGCAACUUUCCGUUCAGGGAUAUGGUCAGCUUCCACCGCAACCACGGCAAGGAGGGCACCAUUGUGGUGACCAAGGUCGAGGAGCCCUCUAAAUACGGUGUUGUCUGCUACGACGAGAGAGGCCGCAUUGAGCGGUUCGUCGAGAAGCCGCAGGAGUUUGUUUCCAACAAAAUUAACGCCGGACUGUACAUCUUCAACACAUCGAUCCUGGACAGAAUUCAGCUGCGUCCGACCAGCAUCGAGAAGGAGAUCUUCCCCGUGAUGGCCGAGGACGGUAAUCUGUUCAGCUUCGAGCUGCAGGGCUUCUGGAUGGACGUCGGACAGCCCAAGGACUUCCUCACCGGCAUGUGCAUGUACCUGACGUCGCUCAAGACCAAGGAUCCGUCGCUGCUGUACAAGGGGGACGGCGUGGCCAGCGGGGUGAUGGUGGACCCUACGGCGCGGAUAGGCAAGAACUGCAAGAUCGGCCCGAACGUCACCAUCGGGCCGGACGUCAUUAUCGAGGACGGUGUGCGCAUCAAGCGCGCCACCGUGAUGCGAGGAGCCCACAUCAAAUCGCACUCGUGGAUCGAGAACUCGAUCGUCGGCUGGCGCUGCGUCGUAGGACGAUGGGUUCGCAUGGAGAACGUCACCGUACUCGGCGAGGACGUCAUCGUCCAGGACGAGAUCUACGUCAACGGCGGCAUCGUGCUGCCGCACAAGUCGAUAGCCGCCUCCGUCUCCGAGCCCCGCAUCAUCAUGUAGUAGCGUGGUGGGAGAGGUCUGACGUCACUGGAGGACAGGUUUUGACGUCAUUGGAGGACGGCUGCUAAUGAUCAGCUGUGUUUGACGUGAUUCCGUGGCGGCGCCAUUGGGUUUUACUUGCUCCAGGGCUGGCGUCUGGUGUGACGCCGUCGGUGGGGGUGGGUCGGGUCUGCCGCUGUAACUGGCGAUCUGUCGUUGCGAUGACGUCUCUGCGGCUGGUCCGAUUCGGCGCCUCCCCGGCGGCCCAGGGGAGGUAUAUAAUGUCCGCUGUCGCUGGGUCGGGGGGUGGUGUGGGGGCCAGUGGGGGACACUGGACCGUGCCUUUCCGGAGGUUGUGUACAAAUUCAGGCGGUGCGGUGUACUGCCGUUUGUGGCGUCUGUGGCGCGCCUGGUCCACGUGUGACGUAUGUGACGCACAGCGUUUCUGCGCCGUUUGGGUUCGGGUAUCGGGCUGACGGGACCUCUCCUCUGAAUUUUGUCGAAGUCACGAUCGGUCCUCACACGUCGCGGUUUGCGGUGCGGGUGUAACGCGCACAGCACGACCGUUCCUGGGUACUCUGGUGUCUACCGGCGAACUUGACGGUUAAAUCAUGCGGAACUAUUUAAAUUUGGUGUGCGGCUUGAAUGACGUGGACAUUUCCUCACGGCAUCAGCUCUUGACCCUCCCAUGAUGGGAUGAUUUGUAACCGGAGAAUGACUGAGCUACCGAGAUUGUGCAUGGUUACACAUUUUCCAUCUGUCCUUUUGAUUUUCAAUGGUAUUCGUUAUCAUGAGUGGGGUAUGAUUGAUAUAUAAAGCAUAAUACUUUGUUCAGUUUUCCGAACUGUUGCUUGAUGUUUAUUUUACACGGCGUUGUAUUUUGUAUAGUAUAUUUUAUUUUGUCAAGUUUCAUUGCUGUGUGAUGAAUUAUGCAUGGAUGCAAAUUAAUGGCCAAGUAGAUUGUUGUAGAUUUGAUAAAUUUUCCAUCGCAUUGUCUGAUAUGCCAUUGGUGUACUGGCACAAUGUAUAUGAUGUGGUGAUUAUUUGAUCGUCGUGCGAUUGAAUAUACCGCGUGAUGGGUUACCAA